UUUCUGACCAGCAUCCAAAGCACCAUGUCGUCUCGACCUAUAACUAUAGUGUCUUCUGGACGCAGCAAAGGGCUCAACUGCAGCGAUGUGAGGUUGCCUGGCACUCAGCUCUCCUCACAGCUGAAACUCCACCAGGAGGAGGACGGGGAGUCCGGCAUCGGCUCCACCCUUGACCUGAGCAGCUGCUUUGACUGCAACAACCAACAUACCAAUCACCGCUCUAGCAAGCCUUCACUCAGGGGGGCAGACAGACUCCCUAAAGAGAAAGAUAGCUCUCCACAGACCCCAGCAGUGAGUCCGAACAAGAUCACGCAGUUCCUUGUCAACCUGUCCAAGAUCCCUCUCCUCCUCAUCCUCCUCUUCCUCUUUGUUUGUUCCUUGGACACUCUGAGCUCUGCCUUCCAGUUAGCAGGGGGUAAAGUGGCAGGGGACAUUUUUCAGGACAAUGCGGUGCUCUCUAACCCUGUGGCGGGGCUGGUGGUGGGGAUCUUGGUUACUGUGCUAGUCCAGAGCUCAUCCACCUCCUCCUCCAUUGUCGUCAGUCUGGUGGCCUCCGGACUGCUGGAGGUGAGGUCGGCCGUUCCAAUCAUCAUGGGGUCCAACAUUGGGACCUCAGUCACGAACACCAUAGUGGCCAUGAUGCAAGCUGCAGAGAGGGCCGAGUUUCAGCGAGCCUUUGCUGGGGCAACAAUCCACGACUGCUUCAACUGGCUGUCGGUCCUGGUCCUGCUGCCCCUGGAGGUGUCCAGUGGCGUCAUGGCACGGCUGUCACACCUGCUGGUCACCAGCUUAAAGCUUCAGCCUGGGGAGGAAGCACCUGAGCUGCUCAAGGUCAUCACCGAGCCAGUCACCAAGCUCAUCAUACAGCUGGACAACUGUGUGAUCACAGGGAUCGCCAUGGGACAUGAGGACAUGAGGAACAGGAGCCUGGUGAAAGAAUGGUGCCAGACUGACCUUGUUAUGUCCACUGGCAAUGUGAGCAGCGACCACUGUGGGUCCAGUCAGGACUUGUCCCAACCAUCACUGAAGUGCAGGCAUUUGUUUGUGUCUUCGGGGCUUUCAGACCUCACAGUGGGCCUGAUUCUCCUGGCAGGCUCUCUGGCUGUCCUCUGCUCCUGUCUGCUGCUUCUGGUCAAGCUGCUCAACUCUCUUCUAAAAGGCCAAGUCGCUAAGGUCAUUCAUAAAGUCAUCAACACAGACCUGCCAUAUCCAUGUGGGUGGCUGGCAGGAUACAUGGCCAUGUUUGUGGGCGCAGGGGUAACAUUCGUGGUCCAGAGCAGCUCUGUCUUCACUUCCGCCAUGACUCCACUAGUAGGUAUUGGUGUGAUCAGCCUGGAGCGGGCCUAUCCGCUCACCCUUGGGUCCAACAUUGGCACUACAGCCACAGCCCUGCUGGCAGCUCUGGCCAGUCCUGGGAACAAGCUAGCAGCUGCCCUACAAAUUGCUUUGUGUCACCUCUUCUUCAACGUCUUUGGCAUUCUGCUGUGGUAUCCUCUUCCCUUCAUGCGGCUGCCGAUAAGGAUGGCUCGUGUCCUGGGUGAGCGAACCGCCAAGUACCGCUGGUUUGCAGUGCUGUACCUGCUGCUUUGCUUCUUGCUCUUGCCCUCUCUGGUGCUGGGCCUCUCGCUGGCAGGCUGGAGGGUGAUGGCUGGCGUUGGAGCUCCUUUCCUGGGUGUGACCGUCUUCAUUGCCUUGGUAAAUGUGAUGCAGGCCCGUAGUCCUCGCCAUCUGCCAACUCAGCUCCAGAGCUGGGACUUUCUGCCCCAGUGGAUGCGCUCUCUCAAACCACUAGACCGCCUCAUCACCAAGGCAACUGUCUGCUGCGGCUCUGCAUGUGCGGAGGAGCAGGGAGAAGAAGAAGAGGAGCCUAUAUCAACACAGACGACCUCUGUCAACACCCAAAAGGGGUCCGACCAGAGGAGGGCACAGCUGGCUUUUGACAACCCAGUCCUGGACUACCUGGAUGAGAGCAGACCAGGUGUAAGGGUGCUUAAAUUAAAAGGGUUAGAGAGGUGCAACAGCACUCCACUGUAG